GCGACGUGGUGGGCGUUGAACGUUGUGUUCAAUAUCUACAACAAGAAGGAUUGCCGAGGCGCCCAAGGUGGAUUUUGACUUCUGGAAAGCUCUUGCUCCGGUGGCGGUGGCACACACAAUUGGACAUGUAGCAGCGACUGUGAGUAUGUCGAAGGUGGCAGUAUCAUUUACCCAUAUUAUUAAGAGUGGAGAGCCAGCAUUUAGUGUUCUUGUUUCUAGGUUUUUGUUGGGAGAAACCUUCCCCCUGCCAGUUUAUUUGUCCCUGGUGCCCAUCAUUGGAGGUUGCGCCCUAGCUGCAGUCACUGAACUCAACUUCAACAUGACUGGUUUUAUGGGUGCUAUGAUAUCAAACAUUGCAUUCGUCUUUAGAAACAUUUUCUCAAAAAGAGGGAUGAAAGGGAAGUCAGUUAGCGGGAUGAAUUAUUAUGCUUGCCUCUCUAUGUUGUCCUUACUAAUUCUAACCCCAUUUGCAAUUGCUGUGGAGGGUCCCCAGAUGUGGGCAGUUGGUUGGGAGAAGGCAAUGUCACAGAUUGGUCCCAACAUCAUUUGGUGGAUAGCAGCCCAGAGCAUUUUCUACCACUUGUACAAUCAGGUCUCAUACAUGUCGCUGGAUGAAAUCUCUCCCUUGACGUUUAGUAUUGGCAAUACAUUGAAGCGGAUAUCAGUCAUUGUCUCGUCCAUCAUAAUCUUCCACACGCCUGUCCAACCUGUAAACGCCCUUGGAGCAGCCAUCGCCAUCCUUGGCACCUUCCUUUAUUCCCAGGCGAAGCAGUGAAAGCUGAUCCGGAACAAGCGGAGAAGUCUAUGUCCUCUUUAAGUCUUUGUAGUGCUGUGAAAAUACCAACGGGCAAAUUUGAUUUCAAGAAGACUCAGUAGCAGCAACGACCACCUUCAUAUUGUUGUAGAUAUAUAUAAAAUAACAUCAUGUGCCUUGGAAAUGUUUAGAAAAAAUAUCCGGUUUUCCAUUUUAGGAGAGAGUGUCUUGUGUGCUGGAAAAAUGUAUUCUAAGUUAU